AUGGCGGCUAUACAGAUGAGUUCAGUUCCACUUAAUACGCAUGAUAGCGGUAUUAAGCCUUAUUUCGAACAAAAGAUUCAAGAGACAAAGCUAAAGAUCCGUACAAAAACUGCUAACUUACGUCGGCUGGAAGCCCAAAGGAAUGCACUUAAUGAUAAGGUGCGUUUCAUUAAAGAUGAAUUAAGAUUACUGCAAGAACCGGGUUCUUAUGUGGGUGAAGUGGUGAAGAUUGUGAGUGACAAGAAGGUGUUAGUUAAAAUUCAGCCAGAAGGUAAAUACAUUGUUGAUAUUGCUAAGGAUAUCAAUGUCAAGGAAUUGAAGGUAUCACAGCGUGUAUGUCUAAAGAGCGAUUCUUACGUUCUUCACAAGGUCUUGGAGAACAAGGUUGAUCCACUAGUAUCCCUAAUGAUGGUAGAAAAGGUUCCGGACUCUACUUACGACAUGGUGGGUGGUCUCACAAAGCAGAUAAAAGAAAUCAAAGAGGUCAUUGAACUUCCAGUUAAACAUCCUGAAUUAUUCGAAAGUUUAGGUAUUGCACAGCCAAAAGGUGUUAUCCUUUAUGGUCCCCCAGGUACUGGGAAAACCUUACUAGCCAGAGCAGUGGCCCACCACACAGACUGCAAAUUUAUUAGAGUUUCAGGAGCAGAGUUAGUCCAGAAGUACAUUGGUGAGGGUUCUAGAAUGGUCAGAGAGCUCUUCGUCAUGGCUCGUGAACACGCUCCGUCAAUUAUCUUCAUGGACGAGAUAGAUUCCAUCGGUUCCAGUCGUGUAGAAGGCGGCUCCGGAGGGGGCGACUCGGAAGUGCAGAGAACGAUGAUGGAACUUUUGAAUCAAUUGGACGGUUUCGAAACCUCCAAGAACAUCAAAAUCAUCAUGGCAACUAAUAGACUUGAUAUUCUAGAUCCCGCUUUGCUUAGACCAGGUAGAAUCGACAGAAAAAUCGAGUUCCCUCCACCUACCGUCGCCGCAAGAACCGAAAUUCUAAGGAUACAUUCGAGAAAAAUGAACUUAACUAGGGGCAUUAAUUUACGCAAAAUAGCGGAGAAAAUGAAUGAUUGUUCUGGGGCUGACGUGAAAGGUGUCUGUACAGAGGCUGGAAUGUACGCUCUUAGAGAGCGUAGGAUCCACGUUACACAAGAGGACUUCGAGUUAGCGGUCGCAAAGGUCAUGAACAAGAAUGACGAAACUGCCAUCUCAGUGGCCAAGUUAUUCAAAUAG